AUGAGGCAUUUUGAAUUCAUAAUUUUUUCUUUACUAUUUUCUCUACUUUUGCUGACUGCCUCGGCAGAGCAAUGUGGUGUGCAGGCAGGAGGUGCGCUUUGUGCCGCGGGACUCUGUUGCAGCAAAUUUGGCUGGUGUGGUUACACUGAUGCCCAUUGUACUCCCGGCAAUUGCCAGAGCCAGUGUCGUGACAGCCCCAGUCCUACCGGGGACCUUGGCGGUGUUAUCUCAAAUUCCAUGUUCGAUCAAAUGCGUAAUCAUCGCAAUGAUAAUGCUUGUCAAGAGUUGGUCGGAAAUCAUCGGGACUUACUCUUGCUCACCCGAAAAUCCCUCUCAUCCAUUGCUUUCGAGCAUAAAGUAGCUUGCAGGGAUUUUUAG